CCCUAACCACCAGAGCGAAAAUGGCGCCACCACCUCCAACCCUCCCUCCACCCUACCAUUCCCUCCCCAACGUCCUUUCCCUCCCCCGCCGGCACGCCCGGCUCCCCAUCCGACGCCUCCUCGCAGCGCACGCCCUCGCCGUCGUCGCCGGCCACCUCUCCCUCCCCGACCCCUACACCCACACGCUCCUCCUUGUCGCCUACUCCCGCCUCGAGUGCGCCCGCGGCCCCUACACACUUCUCCUCCUCCUCCGCCUCUCGGUGCCCCCCACCCGCCGCUCCCUCCCUCUCGCUGUCUCCGCUGCCUCCUCCUUACGCCUCCACCUCCCGCUCGCACUCUCCCUUCACGCCGUCGCGGUAACCCGCAACCUCCUCCCGUUCGCGCACGUGGCCAACGCCUUCGUCUCCCUCUACGGCAAGAACGGGCUGCCGGACUCCGCGCGCAGGGUGUUCGACGAAAUGCCCACACCGGACGUCAUCUCGUACAAUGCUCUGAUGGACGGGUACAUCAAGGCUGGGCGACUGGGGCUUGCCAUGAAGGAGUUCCAUCGGAUGCCGCAGCGGGAUGCCGUGUCCUGGGGCACGGUGAUAGCCGGUUGUGCAAAGGUCGGGCAAUGGGAGGAGGCGGUGGCGCUGUUUGACAGGAUGAGAGGUGAGGGAUUGGGACCAGACGAUGUUGCACUGACUGCAGUGCUGUCAUGCUGCGCACAUCUCGGGGCGCUAGAGAAGGGACGGGAGGUCCAUGAGUAUGUGAUGCAAAGCAGGUCCCGGCCGAAUGUGUUCUUGUGCACAGGGCUUGUUGAUCUGUAUGCAAAAUGUGGGUGUGUUGAGGUUGCCCAGGAGGUGUUCGACUGGUGCCCUGUGAGGAAUGUGUUCACCUGGAAUGCGCUCAUCGUCGGGCUGGCAAUGCACGGGCAUGGCACAGUGGCAGUCAAGUACUUCAACCGCAUGCUGGUUGAGGGGGUUCGACCAGACGGAGUCACCUUCUUAGGGGUGUUGAUCGGUUGCAGCCAUGCCGGCCUGGUUGACAUGGCAAAGAGGAUCUUCUCCGAGAUGGAAGGCAGGUAUGGCGUGUCUCGGGAGCUUAAGCAUUAUGGAUGCAUGGCCGACUUGCUUGGUCGAGCCGGGCUCAUUGAGGAAGCAAUGAAGAUGGUCGAGAAGAUGUCGACGAAAGGGGAUGCUUACGUCUGGGGAGGUAUACUCGCUGGUUGUCGAAUGCACGGGAAUGUGGAGGCAGCAGAGGUUGCAGCAAGACAUUUGCUGGAGCUCAAUCCUGAAGACGGCGGGGUAUACUCUGUCCUGGCCGGGAUCUAUGCAGAUGCUGGCAGGUGGGAGGAUGUUGCAAGGGUUAGGAAACUGAUGGAUCAGAGGAUUGGUAGGAGAAAUGUUGGUUGCAGUUCCAUUACAACGGACCAAUAAGACAUACUGAGUUGGUCGCGGCAACAUGCUAUCUGAGUGUAGUAGAUUCUACCUAGAAGGUCGCCAUUGCAAAGUAGAAAUCGGCUCAGGAAGAGGACAGAUACUCUGCUAGGAGUAGCAAUGAUUAGAUAGUGAGAAGGCGUCAACUUAUCGUUGUGAAAUUUUCAUUAUUUUAAGAUUUACUGCACAUAUAGUUUUAACUCUCUUCUCCAAGAGUCCAAGACCCAGACCUCUUUGCGUUGCAAACUUUAUGCUGCAAAACGCGAGUGUGAACAUGACAAUGCAUACUCAAAAUGGGUUAGCAGCUAGGUGCAGCCUAGAAUUCAUGCAUUUAGCUAUUCUCUGUUCUUAAUGUUUUCCCUGCCGCCAGAACAAUACUCACCUGGUCUCGUCGGUAUUUUAUACUCCCUCAAGGUAUUUUAUACUCCCUCAAUCAGCGACACUUACUUUGGGACGGAGGGAGUAGUUCAGGUCUAUCGGUGUCGCAGAAACUCAUGCGCUACAGACAACGGUUAGUCCAUGCUUAAAAGAUGAUGGAAGAGAAGCACGCAUACUGCAAUCGAGACGAGUUAUGAAGUCACUCAUCCAUGCACUUCUCCGUGCGCUCCUUGCCUUCUUUGCAAACUUCUUCUCAGGUCUCGGGUCUUC